AUGCCAACGGCAAUCGCUCAUUGCUCAAAUAUUGUGCCUAAUGAAAGACCUGGCAGCAACAACCGUCCGGAUUACAAAGUGGAUAUUUACGCACCAGGCUACAAAUACAACUAUACAAACCUGUAUGUCAAUGACUUCUAUCACACGGCCAUUUUCACCAAAGAUGCCCUGGACAUCUUCCAUCUGCGGCAGUCACUUGCAUUUCAGGCGAUUGGAAAGACGAUCACCUUCUUUGUCAUGUCUCUCACACAUCCUCAGCUGUACACCUUCACCGAAUUGGCUCACGUCCAGAUACCCACAAAGAAAUCAGACCUCUUGAAUCUCGUGGGACAUUUACACAAUCUGGCUUUCAUCUCCUCCAUCCACAAGAAUGAUUGUGCACCAUUGAGAUCAAAUCUGGACGAUUUUCGCUGUGAGACCCUGUCUACCGCCUACGUGAAAGGUCGCCAAGUGAAACUGUCGCCCAAGAAACGAUCCUUUGCGCUGACCAUGGAUUAG